UAAAAUCCCCUGCGCGCCACCCUUUUGUUCGAACUUCGACUCAAGGAACAACCUCAGCAGAAGAAGAAACACAACGUCCACCACAACUCCUGUCCCUCCCGACCAGCUAUCAUCUCUCGAAAGCCAUGGCUAUCACCUGUCAAGCCCCAGCUACCAAGUCUCUCUCGGAGCAUAACCGCGAGUAUUACCAGUACGUGGAGUGGAACACACCGGCCAUGCAUAUUAUGCCAGCACGAGGUCUCUUUCUCUCUCGCUCCGACUCGCACUCGACUAACAUGGUGGUACGUACGUGCACAGCACGAAUGCGGAUAUGCUCUUCGAGCAAGACUGGGUCAAGGUGCUCGCAGACCAGCAAACGCGGUUCCUGCGCUCGCAGGCCGAGUCUCUGGGCCUGAAACCCGCAGUGGCAGGCAAGGAGGUCAAACUCCUCGACUACGCGUGCGGUAGCGGAGUUGCAUCUUGGGUACGCAACGCCUCCUCCUCAAGAUUUGAUCGUCUUCCCUUUGCUUCGCAUCGAACAGACAACUCAACUCACCACAAAACAAAACAAAACAAAACAAAACACCAGGCCCUCCUCCCCUACGUCACAAAGAUCCGCGGCGUCGACGUCGCCCCCGCCGUGGUAUCCCUCUACAACCGCGCCGCCGCCGCCCAGACCCUCACGGCAGACCAAGCCCACGCCAUAGAAGGGGACCUCUCCGCCGCAGCCGCACCCGCCGACUCGGCCCUCUCGUCGCCCGACAUGUACGGCUUUGACAUCGCCAUCGUCUCCAUGGCGCUCCACCACAUGGACGACCCGCAGGCCAUUCUCACGGCGCUGGCGUCCCGCCUGCGCAAGGGCGGGCUCCUCAUCGUGGUGGAGGGCACGGAGAACAGACCGGCUGUCGACAAGAUGGAGGCGGCUGGGUUGGAUGGCCCAGCCCUGCGGCAGAUGCUGAAUGUGGAGGCGUUUGCGGAGGAGACGAUGCGGGACUGGCUCCGGGCUGCGGGGUGUAGGUGUAUGUGUACGGGCGAAGACGGGGAGGGGUUCGUGUAUGUUGUCCAUGAUGAGAUUAGCCCUGUUCCUGAGUCGGCUUGCAAAGUUCCGGGUGGGCUGGACCGGCAGCUGCUGAUUGCUGCGUCGGUCAAGGCGUGAAGAAGAGGGGGGGAGGGACGAGGCUGGGGAAGUCAUGCAGUCUCUUCUACAGUGGCUUGUACAAUCUAGGUAUGAAUGAGCAUAUGAUCUUCAUGUCCGCGGCCGAGGCUAAGAUCUGCAGCGUCGAUCAUGCCGUGGCGUUUCAUCUCCCCCUCCUCCAGUGUAACGCAAUGUCGCUUCUGUCGCUUCUGUCGCUUCUCCCCCAGAUUAGGAGCCGGAGCCCACCACCGUCUUUCUAACCUCCUACCUACAACGUAACCUUCUCUGCUAGAUCUCUCCCCUUCAUAUGGUCGCUUUGGCUGACUCGACUAGUUGCAGACGUCAGUUGUCAUAUAGAACCGCCCAAUUGAAACAUUAU